AUGCCAUCUCGAGUGCUAUUCCUAGGGCCACUGUCAUCAUACUCUCACGCAGCAGCUGUGUCAAUAUACCCAGAUGCUGCCGAGCUCGUUCCAUUACCUGACUUUCCAACUAUAUUUCGAAAUCUUGACAAGCCAACCACAUCAGCGGAUACAGUAGUAGAUACUCGGGGCGAACCAUCCCAAUCCUCGCAAAUUUACGGUGAGAGAUCCGCCUCGCCAUCAACCACGCACUCACCGCAUCACGAAUAUGCCGUCAUCCCAGUCUACAACAGCACCAACGGCCCCGUUGCACCCGUCAUUGACUUCCUGAAGCGCUCAGGGAACGGCACAAUUCUGGCCGAGCUCACGAGACACGGCCUGCGAGAACUUGACGAUGGCGACAGCAACGAGUCUAGGACGAUCAUAGAUGCACAGCAUGGCGAAGUAAAGACUCAUACAUUGUCUCCAGACCACCCUCCUGCACCAGUCUCAAUCGAACCUCACGAACGCCGCGACUACUAUCCAAACAUAGAACUCGCUCCACCGUACACUUACGCCCUAGCUGUACACCACCAUCUUUACGUCCACCCAGUCUGUCCUGUUGACUCCAUACCUUCCACGCACCCAGCAUCAUCAACCCACCCAGCGCAGAUCAUAUCUCUGCACACCCAUCCACAAGUCUGGACUCAAUGCACGCGCUUCCUGGACACGCACUUCCCCAACCCCGAAUCAUCAACACCGAGCCCCCCAAUACACUCUGAACCCCCUGCCACCAUGACUAAUACGGCACGAAUAUCGCACAACUCGACCUCAGAAGCAGCAGCAUACGUCCUUAACACGAAACCGCCAACAGCCGGAGAAGAGGGCUGGCCGGCAGUUCUGUGCAGCGAAAUGGCGGGCACGCGGUACGGGUUGAAGUGCAUUGCGCAGAACAUUGAGGAUGAUGUGGAUGGAAACCAGACGACAUUCAUUGUGCUGAGGAAUCGUUUACAGGUGGGACUUGAGAAUGGGGGUUUGAUAACAUAG